AUGACCAACAGUGUUGCCCUGGUGGUAGCGUUUUCAUUUCUCAUGAAUGACAUACAUUUUGUAAUUGAUUCUGGUAUACUUCGAAACAAACACUUCACAUCGAACUUAGUCUAUUUAUUGAGCGUAUGCCUCCUUCUUCGCAAGAUUAGUUUGAUUCCUGGCAUCAUAUCUAAGAAAUGGCCCCUUACAUGUUUGAUGACAGAGAUACCACUAUCAAUAAUAAUACUAGAAGGAUUUCUAUUCUACUUUUGGAAACCCGUUCAAGACUAUUUACUCCUACACGCUGAUAGUAUCCUAGUACACUUGGCUGAGGAAAGAAGUUUGGACUGGCUCGUUUGUCACCUGUGUUGUGGACACAGUAGCUGCGCUGAUAUUUUUGCAGAUUUAAUACUAAAGUUUUUGAGCUUUGUCAUUCUGUUUUCUGUUUGCCUUAUUACAACCAAACAUACAUGA